CGCUUCCUUGCUGGCCGUACAUUUUUUCUGCUCCAUUCGCAAGCACGUACAUUCAGUUUUACAGAAAAACACAACAUGGCUUCGCUGGCAAACAAGGGAUCGACGCUGGUUUCGACGCUGAUGACCCAGGCGCGUCCGAAGUUCAACGUGUUCAUGAAGUACGCCAAGGUGGAGCUGACCCCCCCGAGCCCCGGCGACAUCCCGGCCAUCCGCGACGGUAUCGCGCGCCUCAUCUCGGGCGCUCGCACCGGCGCCUGGAAGAACCUGACGGUCCGCGAGGCCUGGCUCAACACGCUGAUCACGAUGGAGGUGUGCUUCUGGUUCUACGCCGGCGAGUGCAUCGGCAAGCGUCACCUGGUCGGCUACAAGGUCUAAAAAGGGUUUCCUCGGUGUGAAGGAGCAGGAAGGUGCGUCGUGUGUUUUGUUGCGUCGGGCGAAGGGAACGAGGUAGAACGACAAAAUUUCGGAUAUAGAGCUAUUGUGGAACGAACAUCGUAUUCCUGAAUAAUGAAA